UCGUUUAAUAUUUUAAUAUUAUGAAAUAAUGAAAUUUAUAUCAGACCUACAGAAAUUUAUUAAACAGCUAAUCUAAUUAUUGGAUAUUGUGGAUACGUCUACAUAACUAUUCGAGUUUUAUGUAAAGUAAAAGUAAAUAUCAGUGACAAAAUGGGAGAUAACGAAGACAGUGAUGUUUCACAUAUUACUUUCCUGCCGGACGAAUUAAUAUCUUCAAUAUUAUCAUAUAAUGAUAUCCAGGAUGUAGUUAAUUUUAGUUCUACAUGUAAACGGUUCUAUGAACUUCUAGGAGACAACAACAGUUUGUGGAAACAAAAAUAUAAUGUAGCAAUACCUGGAGACUUUCAAUCAAUUGUUAGUCAGGCUAAGGAGGAAGUAGAUUGGUUACAUGAAGUUAGACAGUUCUUUUUGCUAAAGAAAUCAAUUGUCAAGGAAUUGGUUCAAAUGUCUGCACAAUAUUACUGGAGGGACACAGAAAUAUCUUUGGAAGAUAUAAAAUCAUUUUUUAAAAUUGCUACAUCAACAUACAUUAAUUAUUACUACACCAUUUUUAUAUUACAAGAAAUUGUAAGAAAAACAAGAAAAUUUAUUGAAGACUUCACAUGUUCUAAGCCCGUCAACACACUAACAUGUACUUAUUAUGCAAAGAGAGUUCUCCGAUAUUUGAUACAAACUUAUCUUUGCAUCAAAUGGGCUCGAGGUGUUGCUAACUCGGAACUGAGCCCAGAAGUUGUGGUCAAUUAUUUUAUACAGUGGAUAGAUCCUGAUAACUUACACUUUGACGAGGAUGUGGAUGAAAAGAUUGAAUACUUGGCCAGUGAAUCAAAAAAGUUCUUGAGCGACCAAAAUAAAGUAAAAAACAAAGCAAACAAACCAAAUUCUGAGAGAGAAAUCCUGCUUGCCAUAUCUGAAACAAUUUAUAAAGCUCAUAAAAUAUCACCUUCCUCCCUUGACACUGGUUCCAGUACUCUUGAUAUUGUAAAGGUGGUUGACAAAAAACAUGGAUGUGUUAUAGCCCUUGGUGCAAUAUAUCAAGCAGUUGCAAGAAAACUGGGAGCUCACUGCGAGUUGAAUGCAUUCUCCAACCAUUUCUUUUUGGAGUGGCUAUCGGAUGAUGACAAGAGAAUGUACACCAUUGACCUCACUAAUGGAGAGCUCAGACUGAAACGACAGUGUCCAUUUUCACAACCGAAUGGCCCUGGCCAGAAAUACAAUCCAAGCUCAUUUAUAAAUUUCAUUUUUUACGCUUAUAUGAGAUCUAAAGGCAAUGUGCAUGAUUGGGAGUUUGAAAAUGCGGCUCACUUACUUGAUUUUUUGUCAAGCCACGAAGCUGAAAAUUAUGAGCAUAAUCCUUACAAAGACUUCUAUGCAUUUCUUGUACGGUAUGCAGCGGCGCCAGCACUGCGGUCUAAAAUUAAUAUAAAAAAUAUUGAUGAAGAAAACCGUCAUUUGGUAUUAAUGCUAUCGGAAAUUAAUCCUCCUCAACGAUCAUGUGAAGAAAAAGUUGUAAAAAAGCGGAUACCGGAACUGAAAUAUGCUGUUGGCAUGGUGUGCUAUCACAUUCAGUAUUAUUACAUGUGUGUUAUAUGUGGUUGGGAGGUGGAGGACUCUCGGAAGCCACGGGUGGAGGAGCCACAUACUGGGAAACAGCCCAUUUACACAGUGCUUACGGAAGAUCAAAGUGUAAGGUUUAUCCCACAAGAAAAAAUAUGUCAGCUUACCCAACCAAUGCGAGUAAAAUCCAUAGAAGAUUUACUAGGGAGAGACUUUACUCAUUUCGAUGGAUAUGCGUAUGUUUCAAAUGAUGAGAAACUUCAAGAAUAUCCAGAGGAUCGGUGCAUUGUUGAAGAAUACAUAAAUCAUAGGUUUACAGUUAGAAAAUAAUGACUAUGGUAUUGUUGUAGCUCUUAUAUUAUGUAUUUACUUCUAUGUUUCUUUUGUUAUUAGAUUAAAUACUUUAUAAUUUAUAAUGAAACCUUAUAAUUUUAUUUAAGGCUGCAUAACAGGUAUAGACAAAAAUACGCUGUGUAUUCGUGUUUUUGGUGAUGGGCCUAAGGGUUUCGAGUUUCGACAGAAAUUUAUUACAUGAAACGAUUUAUUAUAUGAUAAAAAUCGGUAAUUAUUGGAAAUAGUCUCCAGUUUCACUGAGCGAUCUUAAGUUUGUGCGCGGUCUAUAACUUCAAUGAAAAUAGAUACCUAUUACUUUAUAUUUUUCGUAUUAUACCUAGGUAAGAAUUGUUUUUUUACAAAUGCAUUUAUGAAUUGCCUCUAAUGUUUUCGUUAUUAAUUUUAUAACAAUGCAUAUUAAUAUAAUAUCGAAUAAUAUACAGAAAUGAGUUGCGGGGUUGGGUAAAAUUAUUGUUAUAAUGUGUAAUUAAAAGACUUUAUUAAAUACUAUGUAAUGUGAAACUUAAGUUUUUAUUCAUUUGCCUAGUAAAAGUGGAAAUCUACUACUUACAUAAUUUGUU